UGUUUAAACGUAUCGAGCUGCGCACCAACAAGAUCAACAGACAAGAGAAUCAUUCGCAGACGCGUAUUUUUUGUUAUAAAAUUAACUCCGUUUUGUAGAUUUAUACUCUGUAUAAAGUCAGCCACUGUCGGCAAUACUCGCCUAACACCUGUGGGUAAAAAUCUGAUCAGCAGCAGCAGGUAUGGCAGAGUGCGAUGCUGAAUGGGAAUUAUGUAAGGAAAACAUUCAGCCCCUCAGACAGGGUCGGGCAAUAUCUGCCCUGCAUCAGGCUCUGUCUCAACAACAAGAGGGGAACAACACAUCCCUCAAUCAGAAGAAACAAGCAUUUGAGUCUGAGCUGCGUCUGUAUGAUGGCGAGGACCCUCUUGAUGUCUGGGUCAGGUACAUAAAAUGGACACAACAGACGUACCCUCAGGGAGGCAAAGAGAGUAAUUUCUCUGUACUUCUUGAAAGAGCGGUGAUGCGUUUCACAGAUGACAAAAAAUAUCACAAUGAUAUUCGCUAUGUGGAACUCUGGAUUGAAUUUGCAGAGGGUUGCUCUGAUCCGAUGGACGUCUACCGCUACAUGCAAGCUCAAGGAAUUGGAACGAUGCAGGCCGCUCUUUACAUCGCUUGGUCUGAAGAGUACGAGAAGAGGGGAAAUGUAAAGAUGGCUGAUAGCAUCUUUCAGAACGGUCUCAGAUGUGGCGCCGAACCUUUAGAUAAACUCCAAGCAUUUCACAGAGCUCUGCAGGCUCGUGUGUGCAGACAGAUGAUGUCAUCCAUGACUGACCCGCAGAAGGAUGAUGAUGAUGAUGAAGCAACUGCAGAACCUCAGCGAUCAUCACUGACUGAGCUGAAGGCCAGAGGAAAGAAGAAAGCAGUCGUUCCCAUCAAUAGAGUCAACGCCUCUGUUGGUUAUGCACGCGGGUUGCAGUUAAAACAGCCGUUGGCUCCAAAACAGAACAGUCGUCUGGCGAUAUUUGAUGAGAACAAAACUCAAGAACCUGAAGCACAAGAACCUAAACUAGAGAUCUGGACAGCGCCACCUAAAGCCAGAGCCAAAGAAAACGAACAGAAGCCUGAGAAAUGGACCAAUGUAAAGUUUCCCCUGAAGUCGAGAUCUGGGCUCAGUGUUGCGGUUCCACCUCCCGUCCCGACAUUCCAGCCGUUUGUGGAGGAGGACGAUCAGCCGCCCGCUGUAACCCCGUGUAAGAUCAACCCGGCGGUGAACUCGGUGCUGUCGGCCCGUAAGCCCUGUAAAGUGGCACAGACGCCUCUUAAGAUGCUGCAGGAGAGGCCGCGGCCUGCGCAGACGGAGGAAGGAAAGAGCUGUGAACAGAGUAUGUACUGCAAAGAGCUGCUGUACAGCGGAGUGACUGAGUUCUGCUUCGAGGAGCUGCGUGCUGAGAGAUACAGACAAAAACUAAAACACACAGGAACAGACUAGUUAAAAUACCCAAUGCUAUGUCUAGGUAGGCAGCUAGAAUGGUUUUAAAAUAAAGUCAGUAUUUGUUUUAGAUGUUUACUGUUACUGUUUUUGUAAAUACUUUUUUUAUGCACGUGUUUUGUAACAUCUGAUCACUUUUUUUAUCAGUCUGAGCAUGCAGUGGACCUUAAUCACUCCCUUUAGUUUUUUAUUAGGAAGAAAAGCAUUUGUAAAUAUUGUGAUUUGCAUAUUAGGUUUGUUGAAUCAACCUUCAAUAAAUGCAGCUCAUUUCAUCAUG